GACAGGUGAGGUGACAUUUCACCAUAACUUGAUCCACUCCGACACGUAUUUACUAUUUAUUACUAAAAUUAAAGCUUCUAUUUUAUUGUGCUAGUUAUUUGUUCAACGCGCGGUGUAUCUAAAAGCUAUUAAAUAAUGGCUGCUAUGAUUACCUCUUGGAAUCCACAAAAGAAACAUAGUGAAGUUGAAAGGUGGAUUUGCAUCUACCCUGCAUAUAUUAACAGUAAAAAGACGUUGGCUCAAGGCCGUAAGCUACCCAAAUCCUCUUGUGUAGAGAACCCUACACACCAAGAGAUCAGAGAUGUGUUGGUCAGCACAGGUCUUCGCGUUGGCGUAGAGAACAAAUUAUAUUCCAGAGAGAAUAGUAAGGAAAUGAUGUACAGAGGCCGCAUAAGAGUGCAAAUUAAGAAUGAUGAUGGGAGCCCACUGAAGCCCGAGUUCAACACAAGGGAAUCUGUCAUGAAGUUCAUCGGAGAAUCUAUCCCUAAACUUAAGAGCCGCCAAAACAGGCCCGCGGACCAACAACCUCAGGCUGCUCAAACUAACAAACAGGGAAAGGGAAAGAAAGGCAGAAGAUAAAUUGAAAUAAUUUAUUAGUGUCAAUAUGUGUUUUAUAUUUACAGUAACAUACUUACAUUAAAAUAAUAUCUCUAUUCA